GGGUCUACCGCCGAGUUUAGGGCAACAUCCCCCGUAUCUCCAGCAACAGAGACUAAAGACCCUCCUCCGAAACCUAAUGUCUCCAUAGCGGUGGUUCCAAGUGGUAUCGUUUUGUCGUGGUACAUGACUCUUGAGGAGAGACACGCGGCUAUAAUGAACUAGCAACUGUUUGCCCUUUAGGACGGAGGCACAACGGAGAACCCUCACCAGUGGAAGAAGAUUGGAGUCGUCAAGGCGUUGACGCUUCCUAUGGCUUGCAUUCUGACUCAGUUAUCACCCGGCAAUAAGUGCCACUUCUUGGUACGCGCUACUGAUGUUAAUGGACGACAGGGUGAGUGCAGUGAGGCCUGCACUAUUACUCUCAAAUAA